CGUCGUUUCGAGGCGUGAUUGUUCCGUCAACCACUUUACGGCAUUAACGCUUGUGUUUCUAUUGCAGUGCACGUUUAGUCCAAGCUGCCAGAAAUCUGUUACAGCUCGUUGUCCCCCCGGUGAAGAUGAUUGAGGUGGUGUGUAACGACCGCUUGGGUAAAAAGGUCCGAGUGAAGUGCAACUCAGAGGACACCAUUGGAGACCUGAAGAAGCUGAUUGCUGCCCAGACAGGAACCAGGUGGGACAAGAUCGUCCUCAAGAAAUGGUACACCAUCUUCAAAGACCAUGUGUCGCUGGGAGACUAUGAGAUCCAUGAUGGGAUGAACCUGGAGCUGUACUACCAGUAACCACCAGCAGAGGGAGCAGUACACACACACCAUACACUCAGGCCCUACACGCACACACAGAUCAGUGAGUUAGUGUCUUUCCAGAUCAAGACUUUCUGGCAGAUAAGAUGACAAUGAUGUCUACAAAUGUGUUUUGAUAUUGUUUUGGAAAUAAAAGCUGAUAUUUAUAAACCUG